CAGGGGCAGUCUACACGUCUACAGUAGAAGAAAGUGUCCACCGGAUCAUUGUGUCUGUGCGCCCAUACUCUACAGUGGAGAGACUUGCUCAGUGUUGUGGAUCGGAUCUGGUGUUUUUAAAGGAUGGUUAUUCCUGCACUUGCAACGCAUGGAGUAGAAUAAAAAGCUUCAAACCCGCAUAAUCAUGAGAUGCCACUGGGUUGUUUUGGUCUCACAUGUUGUUUUGCUGCCACUAACAGUUUGGUGCCAGCCAGUCAUCUCCCCCAACGGGCCUUACAUAGUCGUUCCCAAGAGGGGAAAGCUGGAGCUGCAUUGCCGGGACAAUACCACAACGUCUGGUGCCCCGUCCAAGUUGAGGUGGCAGAGGGAGAGGCCUCGCAGGCUGGAGGGAGAAGUGGAGGAGGGUGGAGUGGCUUAUGUCAAGGUGUCAGCAGCACAGGCCUACCACAUGGGUCGUUAUGUGUGUGUCAAUAACAGCACACUGGAACACAGCUCCAUCUAUGUAUAUGUGAAAGACCCCCAGAAUGUCUUCCAGCCCACCAUGGUGAACAACAUCCUGGUGCGUUCAGGUGAGAACUGCACCAUCCCCUGUCUUGUGACUGACCCCGAUGUCACCCUCGUGGCAUUGGAGCGCUGCAAUGGACAACCUUUGCCCUCCAGUAUGAGUUACCGCAGCAACCUCCAGCAAGGUGUCAUCAUCAGCAAUGUGAGAAAGGAAUAUGAUGGCUGUUUCAUAUGUGUGGGACAGCUUGCUGGAGUCAAAGUGACGUCGCGCCAAUACCAUGUGGAUGUACGACUUGUGCCAGAGGUACCUCCAGUUAUCACACUGUCCCAGAUGGACCCCGUUAUUCUAAGGAAAGGAGAGCAGUUUGAGAUUACCUGCAGCUCCGUCAACGUUAACCCGGACUUGAGUGUCAAGUGGAAUUUCCCUUCAACAGCGCAUCCCAAAAAAUCCCACAACUCCCGCAUCCUGUCCGGUGGCCGCGGUUACCAGCGUACCACCUCACUCUUGAUCACAGCUGUCAACCAAUCAGACUCAGGCACUUACAGCUGCCACGCACAGAACGAAAGAGGCGCCAGUGCCACAGCACUGCAACUUGAUGUCCGAGAUCAGGGGUUCAUCACCAUUUUAGGCCCCCCAGGUCCAGUCCAGGCUGACGUUAAAGAGGGGGAGAGCCUGACCCUCAGAGUCGAAAUUGAUGCCUAUCCUGCACCCAGCUCCCUGUCCUGGUCUUACAACGGCAUACAGAUCCUCAACACCACAGAGCACGUUAUCACCAUCCACCGCCGUAAAUACAGAAUCGUCAGCAACCUCAGACUAGUGAGGGUCCUCGGCUCGGAAGGUGGGAUCUAUAAGUUCUCAGCCAGCCACGAGGAUGCAUCUGAGGAUUAUUCAUUUCACGUGUACGUCAUCAGCAAGCCGGUUAUCAUCGCCCAGGAAGGCCCUGUUGAUGGACAGGUGCAGUGCAUUGCCGCUGGUUACCCAGUCCCUAAAAUAAGCUGGUUCUUCUGUGAGCUGCCCCACACAAGGUGCUCACACCUUCCCAACACCACCCAAUGGGAGACUACGGAUGUUGCCAUGGUGAAAGAGCCUACCUUCGGUAGGACUGAGGUAGUGAGCCGACUAAAUGUGAGCAAGGAGCAUGCACACUUUCACACCCUGGAGUGUGUAGCGAGUACGGAGGGGGAAGAGGCCUAUACGCUGUUCUUCAUUAGUGAACGCAUCGUCCCCCAUAGACUCUUCACUCCUCUUCUAACUGGCAUGGUUGCCACUGGCGUCUUCCUCUGCCUCACUCUAGUGGUGCUGCUCUAUAAAUACAUGCAGAAACCAAAGUUCCAAAUCCAGUGGAAGGUCAUUGAGAGCAUCCAUGGCAACAACUACAUAUAUAUUGACCCCACCCAGCUGCCAUAUGACUCCAAAUGGGAGUUUCCUCGACAGAAACUACGUUUUGGUAAAACAUUGGGCUCUGGGGCUUUUGGAAAGGUAGUUAGGGCCACAGCAUAUGGACUCUGCUCUGCAGAUACCAUUACAACUGUUGCUGUUAAAAUGCUCAAACCCAAUGCUCAUGCAACGGAGAAGGAGGCACUGAUGUCAGAGCUGAAGGUGCUCAGUUACCUUGGAAACCACGUGAACAUUGUUAACCUACUGGGGGCCUGCACUGUCGGAGGCCCAAUUUUGGUGAUCACAGAGUACUGUUGCUAUGGCGAUCUCCUCAACUUCCUGCGAAAAAAAAGAGAGUCCUUUUUAAACUCCCAAGUUGGUGAUGGUAACCAUCGCAACGUCUUGAACCAAACGGAGCCUACAACAAGCAGAGAGGUGACUAGUCCAGGGUAUGUGCCCAUGCUUCCCUCUGAGAAAGAAAGGUCUUCCCAGUCAGUUGAUGUAGAAGAGCUGUCUCUGGAUGCCGAAGAUCUCCUCAGCUUUUCCUAUCAGGUGGCCAAAGGAAUGGAAUACAUUACUUCCAAGAACUGCAUCCACAGGGAUCUUGCAGCCAGAAACAUUCUGCUGACUCACGGCAGGGUGGCAAAGAUCUGUGACUUUGGGUUGGCACGAGACAUCACGACUGACGCCAGCUACGUGCUCCGGGGCAACGCUCGUCUGCCAGUCAAGUGGAUGUCUCCCGAGAGCAUUUUUGACUGUGUCUACACCUUUGAGAGCGACGUGUGGUCCUACGGCAUCCUGCUCUGGGAAAUCUUCUCUCUGGGUAACAGUCCUUAUCCAGGGAUGCAAGUGGGCUCAGUAUUUUAUAGGAUGAUUCAAGAUGGCCAUAGGAUGAGCAGGCCCGAGUUUGCUCCUAUUGAGAUAUAUGACAUGAUGUUGUCUUGUUGGAACCAAGACCCUUUGAAAAGGCCUUCCUUCAGGAAACUGGUGGAGAGGACUGAGCUAAUGCUGUCAGAAAAUACUAGGAAUGUGUACCUGACACUGAGCAACGCUCCAGGUCAUCCAGAGCAGCAGAGGACGCCAUCACGGAGGCUCAGCUCAGACUGCAGCACGACAGCCCCCACCCAGCCUUUACUGCAAAGCACGGCUGACGUCUUCCUGGACUAUGUCUGAGACUUACACACACACACACACACACACACACACACACACACACACACACACACACACACACACACACACACCACACACACACACACACACACACACACACACACACACACACACACACACACACACACAACACACACACACACACAUAUGCACAUAUCAUUCUACGCACACGCUACAAGAGCCAAUCACACUCUUUAGACUACUACAAACAAAUUCACUUAAACUAACACUCAAACGCUGGCCUUCCUGCAUCACGCAAUCACACACACACACACACACACACACACACACACACACACACACACACAUACACAUUCUGUAUAUAUACGACCCUACACUGGGCUCUUAGUAUUGGCCUCUAUCUUAUCUCCCUAUUGGCUUAUUGAUGUCUGCGGUAGGUAUUUCAGGUGUACGUCUAUAUAAAGCAGACUCCAGCACUAACCGCCCAUCAGAUACAACAUCCCCCAUCAGCCCCGGGAGGAGUUUUGGCUCACAUUCAGCCUUGGCUUGCAUCUUAAGAUGCUUUGGGGAAAACAGAGACCUUUGACUGAGGAACAGAUAAGCACAGUUGGUGCUGUGAUGUGUGGACUUUUUGUGUCAGAUUUGCUUCCCUUUUAUUAGGAAUAUUUUUGCCUUUUUGGAAAUAUAAAUAAAUACCACUUUCUUGCAAACGGUUAGAUGGGAAGAUUGAUUAUACAGUACGUGUGCAUUAAGGAUAGAGGUAAAGAAAGCCACUUAGCUUAGCAUUAAGGCUGGAAACAGGGGCAAACAGCUAGCCUGGCUUUGUCCAACAGUGAUAAAUUAUGUCUAGCAGCAGUUUACAAAAGACCACAUUAUAUCUUUAGUUUAAUUCUUACAAAAAAAUACAAUUUGUGGAUUCAAUGGGGAGUUGUGUGUGGGACUAUUUUAUUUAUUUAUUUUAUUUGCCUAGGAGCAGUGAUUUCCAGGAGUCUCUGCGGGUUACCUGACAACCUUAUUUGAAGUGAACUUGUUUUGCCUUUUUUCUUUUAUUCUUGCAAAUUAAAACAAGUUUGCACGUCUUGUUUUUGUUCAAUAAGUCUUAAUCGAGCCAGGCUAGCGGUUUCCCCCUGUUUCUAGUCUUUAUGCUCACCUAAGCCAACUGGCAACUGUCUGCUAGCUGAACCUUCAUACUGAAUGGACAGUCAUUCUUCUCAUCUAACUCUCGGCAAGAAAGCAAAUAAGUGUAUUCCCAAAACUAUUCAAAAGCUUAAUUUACUGCAAGAGUCACUAGAUUAACAAUUACUGAGUUUUUGUCAGCAAGCCUACCUUAAAACUGGUGUUACUGUAAUAGGGUUUACAACAAAAAAAAUAUCUUCUGAUAAAAGACCUUAGGUCUCUUUUAAAUUAUAACAAAUAGGCCAUAUAGCAAGGUGGCAUGCAAGUGAUAACUCCUAAUAAAACAUAAAGCCAUAAGUUACAGAAACACUAAUUCCCACCUGUGCGUUGUAGCUUUUAAUACUGUGACUUAUGAAAGAAUAACUGGUGUAUUGCUGUACGUAUUUUAGGCUUAGCUUAAGCUUAGACCGUGGCCAGGCCUUUAGGACUGAUUGUGUUUUCUUUACCUGAUUUAUGUCAAAAAUGUAUGCAAUGUAAAUACAAUAGAGAUGUGCCUUUAGAUUUUUUUUUUAUUCCGAAUGCAUUUGAUUGUGACAUAGUUAUUAUUGAUAGUCAGAAGAGAGUUUCCGUAUGCUGGUUUUGAGAAUCAUGCCGUUUUGAUACAGUUGGUUGCCUUGUAAUAAUAAAGAAAGUACCUGUGAUGGUUAAACCAA